AAAAGGAAGAUGGACAAUGUUGAUACUUCCGGAAUACCACCGAAAGAAAAACAACAAUUUCGUACUCAUUUGAAAGAUAUAGAGAAACAUGCGGCAGAUUCUUUGACCAGAAAUAUGUUCUUUAUUGUUCGUGAAGAAAUAAAAAAGGAAGCUGUAUUAUUGAGCAAAAUUGAGCAUGAAUUUGGUUCAACCAAGAUGUACUCUGUAUAUGAGUAUUCAAAGCCUGAUCUUACACUUACCGUAAAAUUUGAUAAAGAUUCCCGGUUAUCUGAGUGCUCUUGCUUGCAAUUCGAGACGGUUGGGUGGCCUUGUGCUCAUAUGUUUGCAGUGAUGAAGGCCGAACAUAUAAAAGAGAUUCCUUCAACUUGUGUAAUGAAGAGGUGGACUCGGAAUGCUAAGGAAAACGAGCUCAACAAAAAAGAACCAGAAAUUCGUAAAGAUGUCACUCAAAAUGCACGUUAUGGUUCUUUGAUUUCCCUUUGUAACAAGAUGUGUUACUAUGCCUCAUUAUGCGAUGAAGGAUAUGGCGAAUUAUGUGACACGAUCACUCGGGUGACAAAUAGAAUGCAUGAAAUUUAUGCUAACUCCCGUCCUUGUGACAGUGAAACCGAUGCUUCAAAGAAAAAUGAAAAGCAUCAUUUUGGUGUGCGUGAUCCAAUAAUUACAAAAACUAAAGGAUCAAGUGGUUUACAUUCCAAACAAAAACCAAGAAGGUGCAGAAAAUGCAGGCUUCCUGGACACAAUAAAUCAACAUGCCCCAAGAUGAAAUCCCGAGAAGAUGACAAAGAUUCAUUGGAUUUUGACGCUUCAGGUGAGGAUGAUAGCCAAGAUCAAUCUUCUCUUCAUGCCAGUUCAAGGAGGGGAUAUCACAGUUGUGAAUAUUCAAACUCUAGCCAUGUGAAUCCGCAACCAAAUGCUUUUCCUACAUCUAAUCAAUGGUCUGGAAAUGAUUUAAGCUUCCAGGAUUUGUUGUUUUCGUUUGAUCCAAGUAGUGUGGAGGCUCAAUUUGGCACUUCCAGUCAGAAGCAUCAGAAUGGAGAGAAGGGUAACUAUUCUUCCAUGAUAAUGCUUGUGAUGCUAUAG